GUAAGCUUUGUUGUAAGAGCUUUGUACGAUAUUGAUAAUAAUGGAGUAUUAAAUCAACAUGAUUUUGAAUGUAUGGCAUUAAAAAUGACAUUAAUGGAAGGCAAAGGUGAUUUUAAUUACAAUCGUUAUCAAGAAAAUUUACAUAUCAUGUUAUCACUUUGGGAAGAAAUUGCAGAGCUUGCUGAUUUUAAUAAAGAUGGUGUUGUUACUGUGGAAGAAUUUAAAGAAGCUGUUCAAAAAAGUUGUAUGGGACGAACUUACCGUGAUUUUCCUCAAGCGAUGAAAAUGUUUAUUGACAGUCAUUUUAAAUUAGUAGAUAUUAAUGAAGACGGAUUGAUUGCUGCUGAAGAAUACCGAUACAACUGUGCUACGCGUAUCCCUCUGGACAGCAUCGAAGCUCUUAAUGAAGCUUAUCAAAGUCUUUUAACCGAUGAUGACAGAAAACGAGGCGGCCUUACUCUAGCGCGCUUCCAAGAGCUUUACGCACAAUUUUUAGGUAAUCCUGACGAAACUUGCCCCGCGGUUCAUCUAUUUGGGCCUUUACAAGAAUUAUGUUAA